CGCGGCACGUGCCGGCGUCUCGCGCUCGACCUCGUUUCUAUUUUACUACUGUGAGCGUGGAAAGCCUACAACAGGUUGUAGGAAAACUUUUCAAAUGUCUCGGGAACUGUGAAAGGGCUUCAUCAACUUCUUCCUAUUCACCACUUGUAUGGGAUUGACGACGGCUUCUCCGUAGGAGGAUUAUGUGUUAACCUGUUUCCAUUCCUUCAGUCGGGAAGUCCAUUUAGUAGGAGUACUAUACUAUACCCUCACUCAUGAGAUUACAAGGGACUCGAGGGAGAUUUUUCUCUAUCGGUAUCAACACAUUCCAGACAGAUAUGCAACUUCAAAGAGUGCCAAGUGUAAAGACUUCAGGAUUGCCCGUGCUGUUUUUAAUGUGGUGCUUGCUCUUCUGCUGCUGUUGCUUUAACACGAGAGUGCAAUCGUUUAACGUGGACACGAAGAACGCUGUGAUAUUUAAAGGGCCACCAAGAAGUCGCUUCGGCUUUUCGGUGGUUUUACAUAAAAAUGACGCUGGCUAUUGGGUUCUGGCCGGGGCCCCUAACUCCAAGUCAAAAUACCAAAGAUCGGUCCUCAAUCCCGGAGCCCUGUAUAAGUGUGAAAUCAACGGAACUAUUUCCCGCGGAUGCUCGCAAGUCAAGCUGGAUAACAAGGGUAACAGGCACAAGACAGAACAUCCGCUGUAUUACUAUAGUAGGAAAGAGGAGCAGCUUUUAGGUCUGGCAUUAGAUAAUCAAAACGGACCCAAUGCAAGUGUUGUGAUUUGUGCACCACAGUGGAAAGACCAAAGAUACAGGAACCACUAUCUAGUGAACGGAAUGUGUUACACAAUCAACAACAACCUGGACUUUUCCAGUGUGAAGCAGCAUCACCCGAUGACGGUGCUAAGCCAGCAGAUCACCCAGCAAGGGGUGUAUUAUUACGCCUUGGGUCAGGCAGGCUUCUCCGCACAUUACAUGAAGGACGGCAACAUGCUGCUGGGUGCCGUGGGAAUGUACGACUGGCUGGGAGGGCUUGUUCACGUGGACAAGACAGGCCGCAGUGAGAACUUUAUCCCAGAUCCACGGGUCUUUGAUAACGAUAGCUACAUUGGGUACGCUGUAUCCUCGGGAAAGUUCUUCCCCCAGGGAAACUUAAAUUACGUCACCGGAGCACCAAGAAUGAAGCUGACAGGAAAGGUGUAUAUCUGGAGUAACACAUUUAGGCUGUUGUUAGAGAAAGAAGGCCAACAGUUCGGUUCCAAUUUCGGUGCCGCAGUCCUUGGUGUGGAUCUAACCGGAAAUGGACUGAGUGACCUCGUGGUGGGUGCCCCCAUGUACAGCGCCCAGGCUGGAGACGAGGGGCGUGUCUACGUGUACAUCAAUAAGGACUUGGGUGUCCUGGAACAACUGGCUGAGCCACUGUCAGGUUCUAAUGUGCCCGGAGCAAGGUUUGGAAGCGCGUUGGCUGCCAUUGGAGAUGUCAACCUGGACGGCUUCCAAGAUAUUGCAGUCGGGGCACCAUACGAAGAUCAGAUGAGGGGCUGUGUGUAUAUAUAUCACGGUCACCCUGCUGGGUUAAGGAGGAGGCCCGCCCAAAGGAUCCCCGCUGCCGACAUAGACAGGGGUCUUAGAGCGUUCGGAAGCGCUAUCGGGAAGGGGUUGGAUGUGAAUAAGGACCGCUAUAAAGAUCUUAUAGUAGGAUCCAACUCCGCUGACUCCGCGGUGCUGCUGUACUCUAGACCUGUGGUGAUGCUGACGUCGUCUCUGACGGCUGAUCUGGACCAUUUCCACCCAGAAAUGAAGACCUGCUCUUACCGAGGCCAGGAACAUCUCUGCGUAACACUCAGGGCUGGGUUCAUGUACAACGGACACGGCCUCCCAGAUUACCUCGACAUAAAGUACACCAUCCGCCUGGAUACUUAUCAACCCACGCCCCAGCUGUACAGGGCCUCCUUUACCAUCAAUGGACUGAAUGCCAUACAGCAGACGGUGCUGCGACUGCGCAGAGGGGUCACCGAAUAUAAUGAAACUGACAUUUUUAUCAAGACCUCCGUCAAAGACAUACUGACCCCUAUCAAUAUAGUAUUGGAUGCGGAACUCGAGGAGACAAGCCUUAAAGCUAGUGGCUGCAUCAGUUGUCCAGUGCUAGACGCUUACAAGGUGACAACGUCCGAAAAACAGUUACAUUUCCUGCACCAGUGUGGCUCGGAUAACCUCUGUCACACGGACCUCCAGCUGCAGUCCUCAGUGUCUCUACCUGGCCACGAAUCUGUGUUCCUUUUGGGCUCUGAGGCACCUUUACAAGUGCACCUGCACGUGAAAAAUAACGGCGAGGCCGCUUACGGUACCGAAGUUAUUAUAUCUCAUCACCCUGUGAUCGAGUUUGUGAAAGUUGUUGGCUCAGACAAAAAUGACGUCACAGUCACGUGCUCCCCAAUGCAGUCAGACGAUUAUAUCGACACGCCACUUUACGUUAGUCUUAACAAUAGCGAUGUCAACGCCACUGUACAAAUCAUCUGCGACAUUGGGAAUCCGAUACCAGCCAAUGGGGACGUUGAAUUAGUUGUGUACCUGGAUGCUUCAAAACUGAGAUUUGAGACACGCCAGUUGAAAAUAGAAAGCCUCGUCAGAACCGGAAGUGUUGAGGCCAACGUGUCAUUGGCCAACAACGUUGCUAUAGACACCAUACCAGUCAAAUUCCACGUAAUUUCUUCACUCACGGGCGCCUCGAAUCCUGAACAGAUCACAUACACUAAACAGGACGUGAAAGGUGAUAAGUUUGUCGAGUUCACACAAAGAGUUGACAUAAGGAACCUGGGACCGAGUCCUCUUCCUGAGGCCGUCUUGGAGGUGCUGGUUCCCAAGGCAACGGAGCACGGUGAUCGUCUGCUGUAUCUAGAUGUGGUUGAGCUUGAAAACGAUAAUGUGAUGGCAGACAAAGGCCUGUCGUGUUUUCUGCCAUCCGGCCAAGCUAGUGAGUCCGGGUCACUUGCUACCCAACCCACUAUUCCUGGGGCAUUCACCCCAGACUUCAUGACACUUCCAACGGUUGCUAUGCCGACAGACGAGACGCCAGAUGAGGGAGUGGAGGACGAUAUUAUAGUGGUGCCGGUGUCCGCCAGCGCUGGGAAAAAGUGGUCUUGGUCUGAGGUUGAUUACGUGGCACCAAAGUUGACGGAACAUAGCUGCCGUGUAUCUGGAGAGUGCUGGAACUAUACCUGUGCUAUCUCUAACCUGCGGGCAGGGGAGAGUGUGUUACUCACCAUAGCGGCCAGUGUUCUCUUUGGGCAGCUGCAGCAUUACACGGUGUCAGCUGAUGGAUUCUCCAUAGUGUCGGAGGUGACGUUAAAGGGUCGUCAUCCGCGUCUGUUGGACGUUAACUCCUUGGAACGGUCGGUUCGAGUGUCUACCCCUGUCCAUCCGUCGGAUUUGGCCGCUCCAGAGGGCAUUAAGAGCUGGGUACUCGGCGUCAGUAUUUCCGUCGGGAUACUACUGCUGUUGAUCCUGGUGCUUAUACUUUGGAGGUGUGGCUUCUUCAAGAGAAAAACUCACGAAGAACUUGAACGGCUCAUGAAAGAAGAAGAAGAGGAUCCUUGGAACGGGAGCGUCAUUGAAGGCGAAGAAGAUCGUGUCGCCGUCUAUCCACCUGCAGAUAUGAACAAUCAUAACCACAACGGAACAUUCCAGUAUCGACCUGUGCAUAGUGAUGACGAUUAUUACGAGCAACCAAUCAGUGUGCUGGACACAUCGUAUUAGAAGUAGCAACCCAUCAAUGUUCAUAACACAGCAAAAUCUGCAUGGAGUGUGCUCAGAUGUCCUGGACAUCAUUCGCAAUAAGUGAAAAAAUAAGAAUACGCGUGUUUUGAGAUGCAUUUGAUGUCAAAUUUUUUUUUGCCAUAAACCCUACCAAAUGACACCUAGUUAACAUUAAGAUAAACCAUAAGGCAACGCUUCAUAUUUCCCAUAAAAUGGAUUGGAAUGGACAGCGCGAGCAGCAGUAAUGCGCCAUACAUUUAUACGACGUUUACGACUUUUACGAACUGUAGGGGCGGAUAAAUAGAUCAAUUUACAGCAAGAAAUUUAAAGAAGGUGCAGUUUUAAAGCUCUUUUAUGGCUACUCUUUUAUUUCAGUCGUAUGAAAGAGGUAAAAGUAGUUUAUAUGGCUUAUAGGGAAUCCACGCUCGCUUCAUAUGUAACUCUAACACGGAGGAGCCUGUUCCCUCUUCUUGAUAUUUUAUUACCACCGAACAAGGACAAAGUACGAUUAACACAGCAAUUUUAAUAGAGGAGUCGUACAUUUAAAGUCUUAAGGUUGCUCAGCAACAGUAAUGUAGGAGACCUCCACUGUUUAUUUUCAAGAUUUGCUCACACUUUGUCAUGGGAAUGCAAACAGAGUGACAAAGUUUGAGCACGACUCGAUAAUACACAGUGGGGGCUUCACACGAUACUGAUGCUGAGCAACCUCAAGGUUUUAUUUUAACUGUACCUUACAUACUGUAUUUGUAAAAUAAAGAGUUUUACUGUUUAUUGUCAA